AUCUUUGCUAUGUGCAGGAUUAAUUAUAGAUGCAGCCAAGGUUAAAAAGCCUGUUUUGUUCAUGGAUACUCAUUUUAUUUUUUAUUAAAUCAUUGGAAUUUCAAACAAAAUUUAUUCGGAAUUGCUAGACCAGAAGUGGGAACGGAAAACACUGGGCAACUCAGGCAAAGAACGCCUAGCCUGUGUCACUGGAUGAAAAUAAUGUAGAUGUAAAAAAACUGCAGUAAAAAAUUGCCUAAUCUAAGUAAUGAAAUUAUUACAAUAUGUGCUGAUGCUGAUAUUUCUUCUUCUGAUAUGAUCCGAAAGCUUUCUCUAGUCCAUCCAAUAUUUACGCUUGAUGAUCAAUCAACUGCGCAUGAAGGUCAUGCCCAGAGAUUUGAGGACUUAGUUACCAGUUUUGGAAUGCCUGGAGCUUAGCAUCAUUUGAUUAAGUGAUGCGUCCGUACAUAAAUUGUAGAAAGGCUGUAUGCUGUGCUGUCUACUUGUAUAAUGGAGUUAAAUGCAAGUUAUGACAUUGAAUACUCAAGUUCUUUACAAAGAAUCGAGCAUGAGCCGUGGCCACUAGAGCCCAUUGAUCCAAAUAGGGGAAAGUUUCCUUGUUGUAUAGUUUGGACUCCACUACCUGUUGUCUCGUGGUUGGCACCCUUCAUUGGUCAUGUUGGAAUUUGCAGGGAGGAUGGAGUUGUUUUAGAUUUUUCAGGAUCUAAUUUUGUGAAUGUUGACGAUUUUGCAUUUGGUGCAGUAGCGAGAUAUCUGCAACUUGAUCGUAAUCAGUGUUGCUUCCCGCCAAACAUGGCUUCACAUACAUGCAAGAAUGCAUACAGACAUUCGGAGAAUGGGACUGCAAUAACAUGGGAUGAUGCCUUGCGAUCAAGUGUGCGGUAUUUUGAGAAUAAAACCUACAACCUUUUCACAUGUAGCUGCCAUUCAUUUGUUGCCAACUGUCUCAAUCGGCUGUGUUACGGUGGAUCCAUGAAUUGGAACAUGGUCAAUGUAGCAGCUCUGAUUUUAUUCAAGGGGCACUGGGUCGACCUCUGGUCAAUUGUGAGGGCUUUCCUGCCAUUUGUUCUGGUUGUUUCCAUGGGUAUCCUCGUUGUUGGGUGGCCAUUCUUGCUUGGGUUAUUCUCAUUCUCUCUCCUUUUGAUGGGGUGGUUUGUGUUGGGUUCUUACCUUGUCAAAAAUCUAUUGGAGUGCUAGAAGCGCUGUUGAAUUGAAGGGUCAGCUUGCAAGUGGCAUAGUGAUCGAUAGCAUAUGUGAUCUGUUGAAUUGAAGGGUUGCUGAAACCAUGUCACGUAGCCGCGGAUUAUAAUCAGAAGAGACAACACAGCUUUUUGGUGAAUAUCUUGGAAGUGUUUAUUUUGUUUCAAUAACAAUAAAUUGAAACUUCAAGAGUAUACUGUUAUUCCAUCUGUCCAUAUAUCUGUAUUUUUUAAAUGAGCAAAUUUGCAUGCUAAAGAUGAUAUGACCAA